CAAGAGAAAGUAGCUUUUCUUUUUCUUCUUUUCCCAAUAUUAAUACCACUUUCUUGGCGAUCAAAGUAUCAUUUUUCAGUAGAAAAAAGAAUUGAUCGUCAUUCCAUCUGUUUUGCCAAAAGAAAGUGUCUCAAAGUUCAUCUUCAAGAAUUCACAGCCCAUUGUGAAUUUCAUCCACAAUUUUGCAUAUUCUUGCAAAUUUAAUUAAGGGACUUAGUGGGUUUAUUGUUGGAAUGUGGAGGAAUAACGAGAGUGAUCAUAUGACUCAGGCAACAAGGGGUUUCUUGACCCCACCGCCGAAAUGGAGAUCGCCGGCGUCGGAAAAGAACCAAAGGAGGCCAACUCAUGCACAGAGUGCUAAACCUGAUCUUUUUCAUGUUAUUCAUAAAGUUCCUGCUGGUGAUUCUCCUUAUGUCAGAGCCAAACAUGUUCAAUUAAUUGAUAAGGAUCCAAGCAAGGCAAUAUCUCUGUUCUGGGCAGCAAUAAAUUCUGGUGACCGAGUUGAUAGUGCCCUGAAAGACAUGGCAGUUGUGAUGAAACAGUUGAAUCGUUCAGACGAGGCAAUCGAAGCAAUAAAGUCAUUUCGACAUCUUUGUCCCUCUGAGUCACAGGAGUCUAUUGACAAUAUCUUGAUUGAACUCUACAAGAGAUCUGGUAGGAUCGAAGAAGAGAUUAAAUUACUUGAAUUGAAAUUGAAGAGCAUCGAAGAAGGCAUAGCUUUUGGUGGGAAGAAGACUAAGAUUGCUAGAUCUCAAGGAAAAAAAGUUCAAAUCACAAUUGAAAAGGAGUACUCGAGAUUGUUAGGGAACUUGGCAUGGUCACAUAUGCAACUGAAUAACUUUAAAUUGGCAGAAGAGUACUAUAGAAAAGCACUCUCUCUCGAACCGGAUAAGAACAAGCAAAGUAAUCUGGCAAUCUGUUUGAUGCAUAUGAACAAGAUUACAGAAGCUAAGUUUCUGAUUCAAAGCAUAAAAGCUUCAGAUAGAAGGCAGAUGGAUGACUCAUGCAUCAAGUCCUUGGAGCGUGCCACUCAAAUGCUAGCUGAGUUAGAAUCACAUGGCACUUGGAACUCUAAGGAACACGAGAAAAUGCUAGGAUCGUCCACAUCAGAUGGACAUAAUCGCAGGGGAAACAAGAGCACAUAUCCAUCUCCAUUUUCUGCUUCCGGACAUCCAAAGGACUUUUUUACGCAACCUAGAAGAUUUUCAUGUUCACUCAAUGACGGCAGUUGGUUCAAGAAGGAUACUGUUAAUGCUUGUAGUCGAAGACUGUUAUUUGAGCAAACAACAAAUAAUGAGAAUGUGCAGUCAGUGGCAAACCAUAACUUCAACAAUCUCAUUUCUGCUGAUGAGAUGAGCAAAGGAGCGUCCCUUGUACGUGGACAAGAGUUCUCUAAGUCAUCCAGAAAUGGUGCUAACAUGAAAAGUGAAUCUGAUUUGCAGCCACUUUGCUACAAACAGAAACAGAACUUUCCAGAAAAUGAUGGAUCAGAAAAAAUUUCUCCCGCAGAAUCAUCGGCUGAUAAUUCAAGUGCAAGAAAAUUUUCUGAAGAUGGGGGUAAAGAUUGUCAGAGUUCCACUUUCACUUUUAGAGAUGUGGUGACAUUAACGGAUACCACUGAACACUUAGAGAGUACAAACAUGAAACCUUUAGACUUGGCCACAUGUAAAAGCAAGAAGAGUUGGGCUGAUAUGGUGGAAGAGGACGAACUAGAUUUGCAGUUCUAUGAAACUCCAAGCAAAUAUGCCGAUGGCAAUGAGAAUGUCGAUUCCAAUAUUAUUAAUCUUAGCCAAAACAUUGAGUCGUUGUGUCUGAGUGAAGGAUAUCAUACACAACCUGGACGAGAAGUGAGGCGUUCCUUGUGCUUUGAACAGAAUGACAGAAAAGAAAAUUGUUCAUCUAAAUUCCAGGGGAAAGAGCUGAAAUGUGGAAGCUUGAACUCUUUGCCACCUAUAGGAGAUAUUGCUAAUCACACUCCAGUCGAGUUAUUGCGGAGGAACAGAUUGCAAGUAUUCAGAGAUAUAACUCCUGAAAGUCCUAAGCCUUGAACUAUUAUCAUGUACAGAACUAAAUAGCAAAUACUGUAAAUGGAAAUGUGUUCUUUGAUGCUGUAAGUCUGGCCUUAUUCUUUGUCAGGUCUUAUGAUCGAUUGACUUGCUAGAGAUAUCAUGAGAAACAUGUGUUGGUAAGUGUAUAAAAUCUUGAAGUGGUGAUUACUUUUGUCCUUUCAUUAGUACCACGCGCAGGUUAAUAUCUUUGUAUCAACUGC